AUGUCCGUAGUGGAACUUCCAGAUGUAAUCACUUCCAAUUAUUAAUAAGAUUAGACUUUAUUCACAUAAAUCUCGUACUAGAUCUAAAAAGAGUGAUUUUGAGAAAUAUCGUAACUCAUCAGUUCUCUUAUCAGUUGAAAAAAUGAUUAAACAUAAUAGUUUAUGCUCAGUUUUAGGUUAAGAUAAUGAUUAUUAUCCUAAAUAAUUAGAAGAUUAAAAAGUAAUCCAAUAUAUAUAUAUUUAUAAUAGAAAGUUGAUGAAGCUUAAGAAGUACAUGCUAAUUUGACAGAAUUAAAAAAAAGUUGUGAUAAUAUGAAAAUGUCUGGUAUUAAUAAAGAUAAAGAUAUUGAUAAAAUGAGAAAGGAUAUUGAUCAAAUGAGUUAUUAAAUCGAAUAAUAUAAUAUAAGAAAAAAGGAUUUAGAAAGACAAGAAAAUGAAUACUCAUUAAAAUUAUAAGAAUAAUAAAAAUUAUUAAGUCAAAGCAAUUAUGAUAAAAAGAUUUUUGAACAUAUGUUGACAAGAAUGAAAAAAGAUUAAGUAACUUAUUAAUUAAGAGCAAAUUAAUAUGAAAGACAUCUUAAAUAAGCAUUAUUAUCAUAUUAAUCAUCAAGUUAAAAGUAAUAUACUUAUUAAUUUAUAGAGCUUUGGAAAUUUAAGUUUUACUUUAAAAAACCAUGUUAGCCUUGAAAGAAGUGGCUGAUGGAAUUAAACAAUAAAAUAGAAAUAGGGAAAAAAAUAUAUCAAGAUUUAAAAAUGAACUAAAAUAAAAAUCAGAUGUUGAACACAAAAGAGAUGAAAGAAUAAAAAGAUAAUAAGAGAUUGCAGAAGUUGCUGCUAAUGAUAUUAGAGAUGGAGCAUUAAAAAAAUGGAGAAAAUUAUUAUUAGUUCAUAAAUUCUUAAAUUCUUUUUUGAAAAGUAAAAUGCAAAGAGGAAUAGCUUAAUAUCAAAAUUUAGAAAUAGCAUUCUAAAAAAUAAAGGCUUCAACAGGUAUAUCAGAUGCUAAUGAAAUUGUUUAGAAAUUUAUAGGGAGAGAACAAACUUAUGCUCAUCUACUGAUAUCUAUAUCAGAUUAUGAAAAGAAAAUAAAUAAUUUAAAAUAAGAAAAUCAAGAAUUAAGAAAUAAUUUUAAUGUAUUAAAAUAAGAAUAUAGUGAUAUGGAUAAAGAAUUUUUUGUUGAAAAUCAUAAAUUAAGAAAUGAAUAAACAGAUUAAGAUAAAAUGGUCAUAGAAAUUGAAGAAAAAGCAACAAUUUCUGGAUUAUUAUAAAAUAAAUUGAAUAAUUGGAUUACAAGAAAUUUGAAAAAAUUAGCAUAAUCAAAAGAUAAAGGAUUUUAAGGAAUUCUAGAUGCUAUUAAAGAAAAAUUACUUAACUUAUCUGAACUGGUAAAUUUACAAUUUUUAUAGAAUAGUAACAAUAAGAAUUAUUGAAUAAAUCUAUUUUCAGCACUGUCCUAGAAUUAAAUGAUUAGGAAUUUUUAAAAAGAAAUGUCAGAAUCAAACCAAAAUAAUAGAAUUCCCAUUUGCAUUCAAAUAAUUCUUAAGAUUAUUCAGCUAUACCUAAUGAUGAUGAAAUUUUUAAUGAAUUACCAAGCAAAGAUGAAGAAUAAGAGGAACAAGAAGAAGAUCAUUUAUUGAAUUAAUUGAGAGAGGAAGUUAAAGGGAAAGUUUAGAAAAAAUGA